CAUAUUCGUCAAGGUCUAGUGAACAAAAAUUAAACGCAUCUUGACGUGCAAUUCAACAACAUCCUUUUUGUUGUCUCCCCCGCAAUGGUAUAAUCUUUUAUUCGCUAUUUGACCAUUUUAGCUUCUGUACACCGACAGGGACAUUUUUGUCGAUCAAACCCUGCACCUGUUCUUUUUCUUUCUUUUUUUCUUUUCCCCCUUUCUCUUCAAUCUUACAUUUUCCAUUUUUUUGCUGUGCCCUCCCGGAAAGUCCAUAAGGGUAAUUAUAGUUAUGGAUGCCUGGUAACCAUCAUCAUCUUACCAAACAAUUGCUUCUCACCGGCAACACCAAAAUACCACGUGGUUACUUCCGCAAUUCAAUCUGACCCUCACUUCCCGUCCCCCGGCUUUUCUUUUUGUUGAAAAAAAGGAGUGUCCGUACUUUCAGGGGCAAAUUCGACCAAGAAGCGCCCUCUGUCACUCGGCUCGUAAACUUCAACUUUUCUGAAGUGGCAUUUUUUUUUUUUUUUCGCCGCUCAAUCCCUCCGUCGCAGACAGCAAACAUUGCAUUGCGAUCAUGACAUUCUUACUUUGGAUCCCUGCCUCUUUCGCCCGUUGGAUUCGGUUGAAGAUAUAUCAGUAUGAGGUGACUUUUGCUGUAUAUAUGCUCACCCCAACCGAAAAGUUCAUUUUUAACUCCCUCCUUCUUACCCUGAUCUCAAUGAUCAUCACCGCUAUCUAUGUCUACCUCCCUGACCACAUCAGAUCCAUCUACGGCCACCUCUACUAUUACUGGGCUGGUGAACGUCCCUUCAUAUCCUCCGCCUUGCCAUCGAUCAGCUCAGUAUUCCGCGAGACCGGCACCCAAACGCUAGAGGUCAUGUAUGAGACAGCAAAAAGUAAUGCUGCUGCUGCCACCGAUACAAUCCGCGAAUUAUAAGUUUCUUCUAUUGGCAAUGGCGGGCGACCCUUUCCUUCUUCCAUUCUCCUGUCCCGGCCGCGGCGGAUUCUAGCUAUCCGGUGUCUGUGUUACUCAAGCGUGAUACCAUCGGCGCUAUCUCUUGUGUAAUGCCCUUAUCAACAUACCUUUGAAUAAUCUCUACCUUUCCACCUCUUACGCAUUUUUGGUCCUUGAGCAUGGAUUGAGGCCCCAGCCUAGCAGCACUGCCUGCGAUGUCUGGACGCAUCUGUUCCAUGUUGGCGUUGUGAUGUUGUUCAUACGGAGUUUGAGCGAUAUGUUCCUGAGCAGGCCGGCGCAUCCUAGGAGUUCUUGUGUUCAUUCUUCGCUCUUUCUGCUUUUUGGCCUUCAGGGUUCUGAACACUCAUAGCAGCGAAGCCUUGAUUAUUACUGUUACGAUGAAAUACCCUUAACAGCCAAGUCAGCUUUAUUCUUCCCCCCCUAAAAGAUACCAUCGCUAUCGAAAUUAUAACUCUAUGCCCCAAAA